CAAUUCACCAAAAUUGGCUCUACGUACACAGUUUCAAUUCAAAGUGAGUUGCAAUUAGUUGAUCCUUACAAAUCACUCAUUUCCUCUUCCAGAGUGGAAAGAAUCACGCAGUAUUGCGUUAAAGGAUACAAAAUUCAGAUGGAAGCUGAUCGAUUUGUUGCGGCGAUAGACGAAAUCGAUCCACUGGAUUUUGAGAAAGACGAAUCUUUCACGGAGUUCCAGAUUUUUCGGAGACAGGUCAGGCUCAGGAUGCUACGUUUCGACUGCCAUCGUUUCCUGAAGUUAGACGCGAAUCUGAUUAUUCGGAAACUGAAGUACGUCAUCGCAGUGGUUUUGAUACUCGUUCAAUUCACGAAUCCCGUUGAAAAUCGAGUAUCAUCGGAAACAGCCAACGCAACCGAGGCGGUCAAUCUCACUCUUGAAGUCCUCGAUCACAUUUAGGUAACGUAUCGUGUGCGUGAUAAAAUUUUGAUCACCCUUUCUUCUCGCCUCUACAAAUUACUAGACGAUGAUAGCCGUCGAAAGUGUAAAGUUGAAUGAAUUUUUUUACAACUCUGGUGUUUCAUUAAAGAAAAAGAAAAAUUCAUGUACAUCGCGAGGAAGCGAGCUACCGGUGACUCACUCGCUGUAUUUAUAUGUCACCGAACCUCGUGAAUCACUUGCUCCAACAACCCAGUAACAGACCUGCAACGAAUAAACUAA